UAUUCUAAUUCUAAUAUAUUAGAUGAUGCUGAUAAGCUGCAAAAAUGUAGUGACUGUCAGAGUCAAUUUCUAUUUUCUUAUUACUAAUGCUGUAUCUGCUAACACUGGGAUGCAUCGUGGUAGAUGUCCCCUCACUAGUUAUUCUCCAAACCCCUGAUCUGUGCUUGUGUUUUUUAGGGGGCUGCAGUAAUGGUUACGUGGUUUACUUUUUGUUUGCAUUUUUAUGUAGCUACGCUUGGAACACUGGACUCUGUUUAACUGGAAUAUCAGAAUCCACCAGCUAGGCUUGGAACACUACAAUCUUCCUGAGUGUUCUCAGUCAUUCUGUGCCACACGCUUUGCUUUGCCUCAUACUGUACAGCAGCGUCUCUUCUCUAGGGUAUCACAGCUGACAUUUUAUGAAGGGAGAGUGUCCCUGUGCUGCCCGGUCCCCAGAGUGCAGUCAUCGAUGGCUCUUUGAAAGCAUGCUUUCUGCAGAACAGUGUUGCUAUUACAGCUCAGCAGAGAGGUUUAUUCUGUUGAAAUGGUCCCAGCGUUACUAAUGAAGUAAACGCUUGACAGGGCUCAAUGAGUUCAGUACAUAUUACACACCCUGUGAACUUGUUAAUAAAGACUCAUUUACUGUAUACAGUUAUACAUAUAACUGCUGUAGAAAAUAAUGUCUUUAGAGGAUUGAGAGGGGAGUGAUGUUUGUGAUAUCGAGCAGGCAGGCAGAACAUGCACACACACACACACACAGUCACACACACACAGAGCUCUGGGUGAAAGAGUGACGAGGCUGUGUGCAGCAGGUGUGUGUGCGGAGGGCAGGAUCACACAGCUCUGGGAUUGCAGGGGUGGAAUUCCCAGAGGAUCCUGCCUGGUGAAGCCGCUGCACCUCAAUGAUCUGGAAGGGAAAGGAAAAGGGAGGACAGACUGGGAUCUGAUCAGAGUGCCAGGCAAGACCAGAGCUGCUAUACUGACCAAAAGCACCAUGAGCUGGAUCUCCAGGAUUGCGCUGAUUCUGCUGUUUACGGGAGAGACCAGGGGCCACAACACCUUGUUCACAGGAUAUGAUCUUUCUUUAACUGGCUAUCACCUGUGCCCCCAAACUGUGACAAAGACUGUAUCCAAGGUGGUGGCCUAUCAGACCUCCCACACCGAGAGGUCGUCCUGCGGGGGCUGGCUACCUUGGAAGAACUGUCUGAAGACUCAAUACAGAACAGCGUACCGCAUCGUGGAGACCAAGAUCAUGAAGCACAGCCCUGCCUGCUGCGAGGGGUACGAGCAGGUCGGCAGCUACUGUGCUCUGCCUUUAAACAGAGCAGAGGAAUUCACUUCUAAACCAGGCACCUGCCCUGAACAUCAAGUAGCAUUGUCCAACCAGAGCUGUGCAUGGGACAUACACUGUCCAGGGCUGCAGAAGUGCUGCCGGGUCAAUGGGAUGGCCCUGUGUGUGUCUCCAGUCUGCGCAGUUGCAGAGGGUCAUUGGUUUUACAAUGCGACGGUUACAGUGAAGAUGAAUUUUGCAGAACUUGAUUCUCUGGACAAAGGGCUGCUCAAUCACAGCAGGCUUCUGCACUCUGUGGAAAACAUCUCUUCUGAACUGGAGCUCAUCGUGAGGAACAUUGAGGAGGUCUGCCACGUGGAAGUUCAAGGUGAGCAGUUUCAUCUUGAUUCAUCAGUACAAAUAAAAACAUCUCUUCUGAACUGGAGCUCAUCUACAAAUAAAAACAUCUCUUCUGAACUGGAGCUCAUCGUGAGGAACAUUGAGGAGGUCUGCCACGUGGAAGUUCAAGAUGUGGACCAAUGCUCGCUUUGCUUCAGUGCGGAGGGAUCCUAUGAUUGCUCGUGUGGUCCUGGAUUCAUUAAUACAACCCUUGACAGAAAUGGAACAGAGUGCACAGCUGAUCUGAAUACUGGGACUGGGAGUUCAAACAGCAGCACACUGCAGGAGAAUACCACUGCUCCAGCUUCAUGGACACAAAGAAACACCACAGGAGUUCCAGAUUUCCACGUGGUGAUAGAAGGCAGCACCACCACACACUCGCCUCCCACCAGAGCCAUGGAACCAUUUGGCACAACGACAGGCCUGCCACCGAUCACUUCAACCAUCACGACUCAGAGGCAAAACAACGUGACAGCUGAUCUUACUGACACUGCUGCCACUUCACAGCUCAACAGCACAGUCUCCACUCACAACAUUGCAGAGGAGGGUAUCACAAGCACAGUCCAGCCCGUUAGCUGCGCACUAGGGGGCGCUCUUUGCAAUGCGUUCUCAACCAUCAGCAUGAUGCCUGGAGACUGGAUGCGAAAUUCUACAGCUACUCCCAGCCCCACAGUUGCAACCAGCCCCCACCUGAUGCAAUCCACAGCCACUGGUUUAGACUCUACGAAUUCCACAGUUUUAAAUUUUACUAAAGUUUCCACAGAUUCCCCUCAUACGAACCCAUCCUGGAUAACGACUGCUCUCCCAGCCACGACCAGCAGCCCGGAUCUUUCCACGUGGUCCUCCUCCAUUCCUCUUCCUCUGGCAACAACCAUUGCUUGCUAUCCUUCUCCAGUGAAAAACCUGGUUGUUCUCAACGUCACCAGUUUGGGUUUCUAUGUCAGCUGGUCGGUGGAUGAUUCCCACUUUAAUGCCAGCUUCCAGGUGAAGUUGCUGCAGGGCGCAGUGGAGCUGCAAUCAGUUGAGACCAGGGAGCCGGGCUGGGCAGUGGCAGGGCUGGUGGCGGGUCAGCUGUACACUGUGUGGGUUGUAGUCAAGCUCUGUGGAAGAGAAAGCGUGACCCUACAGGAGGUCAGAACCGCUGCUGAAGUGCUGGAAGGAACAGCAAGGAUAACAAACCUGCAGUUUACUGAGGCCUUGAGCAACAGCAGCAGUGCGGAGUACCUCAACCUUACACAGGAGAUCCAGAUGGAGAUCCUGAAAUCCUUGCCUGAGGACACCCUCGCCCUGCUGAGCUCUGGAGAGGUGAGGCUUGUGAUCACCAGUGUGAGCAGCGGCAGUGUGAAGGUGCACUUCAUGGUCGUGUUCACAGCAGCCCUGCACAACAGGAUCCAGAACGUGUCCUCGGCUCUGCUCACAUCGCUGCAGAGCAGCUCCCUCUACGCCAUCGACAGCAACAGCACAAGUAUAAAGGAUUUUGAUGAGUGCUCUGCUGGGGAGGAUGACUGCUCUCCUCACGCCUCCUGUGUCAACACAUGGGGAUCGUACAGCUGCCACUGCAGAGACACCUUCACAGACAUAAACCCAUCGCGCCCGGGGCGGAGCUGCCAUGAUAUAGAUGAAUGUGAAAGUGGCAACACGACCUGCAACAUGAAUGCAUCAUGCCAGAACACCAUUGGAGGAUACAGCUGCUCGUGUCACAAUGGGUUCAGAGACACAGACCCCAGGAACCCAGGCAGGCACUGUGCAGUAUUGGAGUCGGGGAGUACCCCAGCCCCCAGCUCCUCACUGUCUGAGACGCCUGCAUUGAAAGAGACCCUGGACACCCAGGGAAGCACCACAGUGAUGCCUCUGUCUGUGACGCCUGCAUUGAAAGAGACCCGGGACACCCAGGGAAGCACCACAGUGAUGCCUCUGUCUGAGACGCCUGCAUUGAAAGAGACCCGGGACACCCAGGGAAGCACCACAGUGAUGCCUCUGUCUGAGACGCCUGCAUUGAAAGAGACCCUGGACACCCAGGGAAGCACCACAGUGAUGCCUCUGUCUGAGACGCCUGCAUUGAAAGAGACCCGGGACACCCAGGGAAGCACCACAGUGAUGCCUCUGUCUGAGACGCCUGCAUUGAAAGAGACCCUGGACACCCAGGGAAGCACCACAGUGAUGCCUCUGUCUGAGACGCCUGCAUUGAAAGAGACCCGGGACACCCAGGGAAGCACCACAGUGAUUCCUCUAACUGAAGCCAUCACAGUGUCUUGCAGGGUUCCGCACAUCACAGUCAGUGUGAAGAAAGCUUUUCUGGCCUGGAAGUCCAUUGCAGAGUCCUCCCUGUACCUUGGCACAGAGGAGUGCAACGCCAGCAGCAGCAAUGAGACACACGUCUGGCUCAGCGCAGUGUGGGGGAAAUGUGCCACACAGUUAUUACAUAACACCAGUCACAUGACAGUGCAGACCACACUGUUCAACACUCACGCCUCUAACAUAACACUGCUUCCAGAGACUGUCAUUAAACUGCCAGUCAGAUGUACAUACAGCAACGAUUUCCUCAUUUCCACUGGGUACACCCCAUCAGAGAUUGAAAACCUCAAGGGGGUCAUUGAAGGAGCUGGGAGUUUUUUGGCUACCAUUCAGCUUCUCAACGGAACCGUACCCCUUCCGAAAAACUACUCCCUUUCUCCCAACGAUGAUGUCUUGAUCGAAGUGGGAGUCAAUCUGGACAGCCUGCAGGUUAAAAUCAUCCUUCACGAGUGCUGGGCUACCCCAAGCAUCAGCUCCACUGACCCAACAACCCACAUGUUUAUGAGAAACAGCUGUCCUGUCCCUGACACCUACACCACAGUGUUAGAGAACGGGAACUCCACCAGGGCCCGAGUCUCCCUGCGGGUCUUCUCCUUUGUGGAUCAGAGUGUUAUAUACCUGCACUGCCGCGUGAGAGUCUGCCUGGAGUCUGCUGGCACAUCCUGCAAGCCUAACUGUAACCUGCGUUCCUCUGGGUCUUCAGCACAAAUUGAAAUAGGCCAGGCGAUGUGGGGGCCGAUCUAUAAGUCAUCCACUGAGACAGCCCAAAACCCUUCUAACCCCUAUAAUGAGAUGGGCUUCAUUCUUCUGGGCGUGUUCCUGUGUGUCCUGCUGGUGGUAGUGGUGGCUGUCCUCAUGUCCCAGUAUAGAAAACGAGUCGGGCACUACAACUUCAGCAUCAAGCCAAGCCAGGAGAACUUCACCUACCAGGUUUUCGAUACCUAAGCGCCUCUUCAGUCCAGCAAGUCCCUGUCUAAGUUCAGUGUGGUGGAUGUAAAUGCAGCUUGCGGCUCGACUGGACAAUGUAGUGAUGUUUGUGAAAGUGUGUGAUUUAGCUCUGGUUCUGCAUUGUGUUUGUGAAAGUGUGUGAUUUAGCUCUGGUUCUGCAUUGUGUUUGUGAGCUGCAGUUCUUAAAGGGGAGGUCCAGAGAAUUGUGCAUCUUUUAAUAAUAGGAAUGUCUUUGCUUCCAUGUGCCUCUGUUUUAUCAUAUGUAGCACCGAUUCUUCCCACUUCAAUUUUCUUGCAUGCUUGGGUCAUUGCUGGAUGCCUGGUAGCAUACUAGAUUCAAAGAGAAGCUGCCACUUUGCAUGCUAUACUUUCAGGAUGUCUGGUAUGUUUGUGCUCUUUACAAUGCUGUCACUCCUGUUGAAAAUGGGGUAUUGAUGAACUGUGAUGCUGUCUUUACAUGAUAUCUCAUAGUGCAAUAGAGGUGUGCAAGAUUGUUUCCUGUAAACUAUUCAGUUAGUGUUCAGAUCUGUUGAAGAGACCCCGUCAUUGUAAAUAAAAGUUAUUGAAUUAUAAAAGAUUCAGUGUGCUGAUUUGUAAGAACAGACCCACUGAAUAAUAUAUCCUUUCUAUUUUAAAUUGCUGUAUCUGCUUUAAUAUAAUAUACCUGGACCACAGCCUCCACUAGGAGUUGUCUGGGUUCUGUAGAGAUGUUGUAGAACUGUCCUGUGAAGAUCCACACAUUUGUGAGUUAUUGUUGGUAUUAAACAUGUACUAUCCUGUUAGUCUUUUCAAUACACUUGUUAGUUUCUACAAAAUGGAAUGUUAUCUGUCUUCUCCAGUUGCUGUGUGUGUGUGUGUGUGUGUGUGUGUGUGUGUGUGCGCUGCAAUAAACAAGAGAUACUAGAUUGUAUAGCUACCAAGGAACAUGU